GCCAUUAAAGAGCUGAACAAAGACCAAGGAUCGAGGGAAAUGGUGCAGUCAUUGCUCAGUGGCACCUGUCCUCAGCUCGUCAGAGGCCUCAUUGUGGUGGGGAAGUCAGACCUGGAGCAACAAGUGAAACCUGUGGCCUGGCUGUCCCAGGGCCCCAGCCCUGGGCCUGGCCAUCUGCAGCUGGUGUGCCAUGUCUCUGGCAUCUACCCAAAGCCCGUGUGGGUGAUGUGGAUGCGGGGUGAGCAGGAGCUGCCUGAAACUCAGAGAGGGAAUGAGCUGCCUAAUGCUGAAGACACGUGGUAUCUGUGCGUGACUCUGGAUAUGGUGGUACAGGAGGCAGCUGGAGUGUCUUGCCGAGUGAAGCACAGCACUCUAAGAGGGCAGAACAUUGUGCUCCACUGGGGUGAGGAAGGACUGGGGCCUGGGCUGAAAAUGGGGGAAGAUGGUCCUUAA